AUGUCUCUUCCACAAAUGCACAAAACUUUGCUGGCGGAAUGGAGCAAGGAACAGAAGAACGCAAACACUACUGAUCAAGUCCUGAAACAAAUUGGAGAGGCACUCUUUGAUCAAAAUGCGGUAGCUUCGUUGGAUACGAAUGCAUUAACUACUAUAUAUAAGGACUAUUAUGAGAUAAGCGCUCUCGUCUCGGUACUGAAAAAUGACAUGAUUGCUUUCGAUGAUGCCAUUCCUCGGGUACUUUCGUUUUAUGAACAAUGCCCAUCAGCAGCUGAAAAUAAGUAUCUUAUGAUUGGCCUCAAUCUCAUGUUUCUCUUAGCAAGUAAUCGCCUCUCCGAUUUUCAUAUGAUGUUAGAGUCAGUCCCCCAAAGUGUGCAGUCAGGUAAUCCUUAUAUAUCUACGCCUGUACGUCUUGAACAGUCAUUGAUGGAAGGGGCGUAUAACAAGGUCGUUCUUACCGAAAAGACGAUUCCUAGUCAGUUUUACAGCAUUUUCAUUCGAAUAAUGAUGGAUGCCGUUAGAGCAGUUCGAUGUGCCGUCCAUUUGUUGCCCCACACACGUCUAAACGAUACUCAAGUUCUUCCCGCAUGGUUAAGGACGUCGGGGGUAACCGAAGGAAUAACAAGUGACAUUGCAGUCUCCAUUGAGAAAUCUUUCAAGCUGUUAAGUGCUCGAGACGCAGCAGAUAUGUUGCUGUUCGAAACUGAGGCGCAAGUCAGCGAUUUCGCCAAGCAGCGGAAGUGGAAGAGCGAUCAUGGUUGCUUUGUUUUCGAAACGGAUUCUGCGCAUCACGACAGACCGACACUUGACACUGCUCGCAUAGCAAAGCAGACGAUUUUCUAUGCGAAACACUUUCUUGACAGGAUUUCACAUCAGAGACGUAGUUAUACCUGCGAUUUACCAACGUCGGAUUGUCAAACAAAUUUCUGA